AUGACUCCCUCACGAAUCAUCGAGCGUGCUGCUGAUGCCGUAUCUGAGGACGCCGAGCCGACCUCUACCAUCGCCCCUUACUACAACGACCUCCAUGGUGUGAAUCAGCCCAUGAACAUGGCCUUUAAGCGAGGCAUAUGGUGGAUGCUGGGAAUCGCAGCACUGCUCGUGCUGGGUAUUCGCAUCUCGCAGCUGCUCUGGGCGCAGCUGCGGCAAGUCGCCGCCAUGACCCAACCGCGGGAGAAGCAGGGUUACUGGAAGUACUCACAGCACGAGUGGAUGCCUUGGAUCAAGAAGUAUGUCCUGUAUGCGCCUCUGGGAAAGAAGCGCCACAACCGUGAGAUCCGCCUCUCCAUCGCCGGCCACAUGGGAACCCUGCCGUCGCGUUUCCACACCAUUGUGGUUGGAGUGUUCCUCACCGCGAACACGAUUUAUAUGUUCUGGGUGGAUUGGAACCAAGAAAACAAGUACGCCCUGUGUGCCGAGAUCCGUGGACGUUCUGGCACACUGUCCAUGGUCAACAUGGUCCCCUUGAUCAUCCUGGCCGGACGCAACAACCCGUUGAUAUGGCUACUUCACAUCAGCUUCGACACCUACAACCUGCUGCACCGCUGGAUGGGCCGCGUGGUUAUCAUCGAAGCUGUCAUUCAUACUAUUGCGUGGAGCAUCCCAGCAGUUGCCGACCUCGAGUGGUCGGGCGCCGCAGAGGCGUCCGUUACCAGCUGGUUCUACGGCUCAGGCUGGAUCGCAUCAAUUUCCAUGGUCAUGCUCUUGAUCGGCUCUCUGAGCCCGGUGCGCCAUGCUUUCUACGAGACGUUCCUCAACUCGCACAUCGCCUUGGCCUUCCUCAUCUUCGGCGGCACCCUCAUCCAUUGCGCCUCGGCUCAGGGUGGUCUGCCUCAACUGCCGUGGAUUAUUGCCAUCUUGUCCCUAUGGGGUCUUGAUCGCUUCGCUCGGUUCGCCCGCCUCGCCUACUGCAACUGGACACGUGCUGGUUUCACCACAGCCAGAUGCCAGGCGAUGCCCCAUGACGUUACUCGCGUGACUUUGACCCUGCCGCGCCACGUCGAUAUCAAGCCUGGCACCCACGCCUACCUGCGCUUUUGGGGCGUCAACCGCUGGGAAUGCCACCCCUUCUCCAUCGCCUGGGUCGACCACCAUGCCUCUCACGACUCUGGCCUCCCGGUGUCUGAGAAGGAGCCCCUGACAGGCAUCGACUGCUCCCGGACCAGGACAUCAGUUUCCUUCCUCAUCGCUGCCCAAACAGGCUUCACUCGGAAGCUGUACGACACCACCGUCGCCCACAGCAAGCGGUUUGGCUCACCGGCGGUCUUCAUGAAAGCCGCCAUGGAAGGCCCGUACGCAGGCCACCACUCCCUCGAUUCGUACGGCCACGCCGUUCUCUUUGCAGGGUCGACGGGCAUCACGCACCAAAUGUCCUACAUCAGGCAUCUCCUGAAGGGAUACAAUGAGGGCACCAUUGCCACUCGGCGCGUGACCUUGGUAUGGGUCAUUCGCGAGUACGACUCUUUGGAGUGGGUUCGUGAGUGGAUGACCGAAAUCCUGCGCAUCCCGCACCGCAGGGACAUUCUCCGCAUCAACGUCUUCAUCACCCGUCCGAACAACGCGAGGGACAUGUCGCCGCCUAGCGAGACGGUGAGGCUGUUCCCCGGACGGCCCAACAUCCCGCUGCUCCUGGCCAAGGAGAUGCAGGAGCAGGUGGGCGCCAUGUGCGUGACGGUCUGCGGGCCCGGCGCCCUGGCUGAUGAUGUGCGAAGUGCAGCGAUUGCGGUGCAGGGAGAGACGGUCUGUGACUUCUUUGAAGAGUCGUUCACGUGGUGA